CUCGGCACUUGAGCGCCCCCAUUUCUUCCUCCGCCUGCUUCUCCCCAGCCGUCUCCAAAAAACCCAAUCCAAACCUUCCCGGAACAAUCAGUUGGCUUGUGAUUAUUUUCGCAUACUGAUGGGGAUCCCCAAUCUUCUCCGCUUCCUGAAGCCAUUCAUCGAGCCGGUGCACAUCAAGAAGUACGCCGGCAAACGGGUCGGCAUCGAUGCAUACUCCUGGCUCCACAAAGGAGCCUAUUCCUGCAGUAUGGAGUUGUGCAUGGACCCCAAGAGCGGCUCUGCCAGGCGCUACAUCAGCUAUUUCAUGCACCACAUCAACCUCCUGCGGCAUUACAAGGUUGUCCCCGUCGUCGUCUUUGAUGGUGGCAGCAUGCCUUGCAAGGCGGCCACGGAUAAAGAGAGACACAGGAAGAGGGAGCUCAGUUUGGCUUUGGCGAAAGAAAAACUUGAGCAAGGAAAUACAACUGCCGCCAUCGACCUUUUCCGAAAAGCUGUGCAUAUUACUCCAUCAAUGGCUUAUCAACUAAUUCAGACUUUAAGGUCAGAGGAUGUUGAGUUCGUUGUUGCUCCAUACGAAGCUGACUCACAGUUGGCUUAUCUAACUACUCUUGAUCCUGAUCAAGGGGGAAUAGCUGCUGUAGUUACAGAAGACAGUGACCUAAUAGCAUAUUGUUGCCCCGCUAUUAUAUUUAAGAUGGAUCGGUUUGGGAAUGGUGAAGAAUUCAUAAUGGAGAGAACUCUAAAGACUGAUAAAGCCAGCCUUUCCUUCCGGUGUUUUGAUAAAAAACUUUUUACAGGCAUGUGUAUUUUUGCAGGAUGUGACUUUCUCCCCUCAGUUUCAGGCAUUGGUACUAAAAGAGCAUAUUCACUCAUUUCAAAAUAUAAAAAUAUAAAUCGUGUUAUAUCAACCUUGAAGCUUGACAAGCGGUAUUCUGUGCCGGAUGAUUAUGCUGAUUCCUUAUGGAAAACUCUUGCAGUGUUCAAUCAUGCUAGAGUAUAUGAUGUCAAAAGCAAGUCACUUAAACAUCUGAAGCCUUUGGACGAACAGUACCUUAACUACUUGGAUGGAGACCUGGAUAUUCUUGGACCACCAUUAUCACCAUCCAUUGCAAGAGGAAUCGCAGAAGGGCACCUGAAUCCUGUUACACUGGAAGCAUUUGAUCAGUACUCCAGAACCAUUAGCCCCAUUGAGUUUAUUCAUACCUCGGCUUUCAAAGUAGCUAAUCAAUGUGGUUCUCAGGAAAUGACACAAAAGAGUUAUAUUGCAAUUUUUUCAUCCCGGGAAAGCAAAGAAAAUGUCAUAGUUAAUGAUAUUUCCAACGGUGGACAAAAGUGCCAAAAAGGUAUCCUUGCCCUUGGCACAUUUAUACUUCAGAAGCACUCCCCUCCAGUGGACUGUAAUGAAGUGGAGCCAAAAAAUAUCCCUGAGAACAACCCAUUCAAGAAGAGGAAAUUCACCACUGACCAAGGACAAGAAAUGGUAAAAAAUGAGUUGCUAAUCGAUCUGCAUGAUGAAAAAUCAAUUUUAUCAUGUUCAUCAUUGUCACAGCCGAGUAGCCAUCCAAAGAAGUUUAUGGAACUAUUGAGUAUUGGUCAAGCAGAAUACGAGCGAAAUUCUGUGGUGACUGAAACGCCGGUUUCAUUUUGUUCGUCAUUGACAGAAGAAAGUGUCAAAUCUAUGCCAAAUGGGGUAUCCUCCAAGAGGCAAAAAAAGCCUGAAGAAGUCCAAUACUAACAAAAAUGUAAACGAAAGCAGUGGAAUAUUGAAAUUUUUCAGGCGGUUGUAAUUCUAUUAUGAUUCAUCAUCGUACUUUUUUUGGUUUUUCAUUUCUGGGAACUACAUCCUUCUACAUCUGUGUUACCAUAGUGGCCACAACUUUGUUUACUUCAAAUAUGAGCUUAUUUCUGAA